GCCCCGAGACGCUCUCCAGCCCAGCGACUCGGACGUCCGUGCGACGCAUCGAGAUGCGAGUGAAGGGAGUGGUAGGGCUGCUGCUGGCUCUCUCCUUAUUGGCCGGACAAGCCCAUGGAUUCUUCCCAAAAAAAUGGAUGGCCUCCUUCACAUCGAUUUUCGCAAAAGAACGCACCAUCAGCCAUGUGCAAAUGACCGCUACAGCUAUUGAGGUGGUGGUGGAAGAAAUGGCAAAGGCGAAAGAAUCCACAACCGGGUACAAAGUGAACUACAAAAGCACUCCGAGCUACAAUCAUGCAAAGGAUGAGAUCCUAACAGCGAAUGCAAACACAGACUCGGAAAAAAGCACCAAAGACGACCCAAGAUACCAUUUUGAUGCAGAGAUGUUCGUAGCGGCUCAGCAGGAACUAGUGUCACAACGAAAUGGUUUAAUUCGAUUGCUUCAUAAAGAUGAAGUGACGAGUUCAGAUUACAGCAUGGCACGAAAACGGACCGGAAAAAUACUCCACACCUUGCAGGACUUCUACAGUCAUUCAAACUGGAUUGAAAUGGGAAAUACAGAGCCAAAAAAUGAUAUAUUUGAUUUGUCUGCUGAAGAGGUUGCUGGUCCUGAUGUGCCCACGUGCACAAACUGCGGAUCAACAUGCUCAGACAAUAUUCGGACUGAAAUAAAUGCGAAUCGUCUUCUUACAAGUGGAUAUUAUUCAUCUCAAUACAUCGAGAGUGAACUUAUCAAAAAGCCUGAAGGAAAAUGGAAGUGCAGCCAUGGAGGGCUUUUGGAUUUCACAAGAUUUAAGAAUGCUCAAGGGGGCAUUAACAAAGACAGUUCCCGUGAAACAUUUUCACCGCACUACAAGCUACAUGGAAAGGCUGUCGAUGUAGCAAUAAAAGCCACUAUCAACUUCUUCAGAGACCUCAGGCGUGAAGUGGAUAAUGACCUUGUUUUUGGGAGGUAUAUGGGAUUUGAGCAAACAACAUCAAUCGGGUUUGUAAUUGACACCACUGGCAGCAUGGAACCCUACAUUGAUGAUGUUCGAAUGGAAAUCGCCAGGAUUAUUGACGAGCGUGCCAUUAACGGGGAGCUACCUACCCUGUUUAUGCUUGUACCCUUUAAUGACCCGGGUGAGUAUGAAAUUUCUUCAUUUGAUAAUGUGAAUUUGUCAAACAUCCUAAAAAAAUGUGUAGAGGUUGAGCACAUAUGUAAUGCCUUGGCGUUGUGUUUUAUUAAGCUAUGCCUGAGCGCCAUUGAGCCACAGUCAGAGAUAUUCAUCUUCACGGAUGCAUCUGCAAAAGACAAGGAUCUACAGCUACAAGCAGCUGCAAUUGCAGAGAAAAAGAAAUGCAAAGUGAACGUUGUGGUCGUGAGAACUCCAAGUUCCAGACGCUUCUUUGACAAUCAGGGAAACUUCAAGCGCAAACGAAGAAGCAUAAAUGCACUUUCCUAUUACGACGAAAUCGCAUUUAGCUCUGGGGGUUUGGCUUUCCAUCCCACGAGUUCGGAAUUUCAGUCUCUGAUGGUCGUAAUCGGCGACCUUAGCAAGGCACAGCAGGUUAACAUUUUAAAUGUUCGUGAUGUUGAUACAACCAAGAGCACCGUCUUAAGAUUUCCAGUUGACAGUUCCACAAGCAACAUUGUAAUUUUCUAUACAGGGGCCCUCUACACAUUGACCAACAUUACAAUUUCAGAUCCGUCAGGUACAAGGGAUGAUGCUGUUGCAGGAAAUACCACCCUUUUAUCGACGCAAAUAUAUGGAAACUACUUCAUCAUGCAAUUGAGGGAGCCAAAACUGACUGGAAUUUGGCAAAUUCAAAUCACGUCAGAGGGACUUUCCAGUUUACGUAUCAUCGGACAAAGCUCUUUGAAUUUCAUCUACAAGUUUGGAGUUGAAGAUGAUGUUGGACCGCACCCUGGCAUUAGGGUUAUCACAAAUAGACCAUCAGCAGGCGUACCGCUCUUGGUGGAAGUCACCAUUACAGACGAAGACACCAGCAGUGCUAUUGCUGAGACGUUGACGCUGCUAUCACCUGAUGGUCGACCUCUUCAAAUAAUCCCACUCUACGACACCAGCCCAGGAGGCUAUAUUGGAAAGAUUGAUUCCCUUCCAGAGGAGCAGUUCUGUGUGUAUGUCAGCGGGAAGGAUUCGAAAAAUAAUACCUUUGGCCGAGUAUUUCCGACAGUUUCUCAUGUCACCACGAUAACACUGCAGAUUGUUUCACAAGAGCUCUACCCCAAACUUAUCAAUGGCACUCCGGCCUAUCUCAACAUCUCCGUCACCAACUCUGGUGAUGCCGACACAUUCGAAGCUACAGCCAGUGCAGACGCUGGCUUCAUUGUAACAAUUUUCCCUUCAAACAGAUUCAACAUCAGCAGGAACAGCUCUGUGAUUUUAACGCUGAAGCUGGAAGCCAAUUCCGCCAUGGGAAUCGGAAUUUUUGGUACAAUUUCACUGGUAGUGCAGGGAGCAAACUCCACGUCCAACUUCAUAGUUACUCAAGCAGAAAUUCUAAAGUAUGAUGAUGAGUAUCUUCCGACCUGCGAAACGCUGACCGAAACAAAAUGCCCCAACAAGCUUGAGAGCGCCAAGUGCAAAUUCAGCACGUGGAACGCGACCAUCCGUUUCAAUGACACUGGGUCAGGAAUCAAAAUGAUAGAUCCACCUGGUGACAUGAGCAACAACGGUGGCGAGAAGACGUUGACCAAGAGCUUUUCCGGAGACUGCUGUAACACAAGUCUAAACAUCAGCAUCACAGACAUAGCAGGGAACACACGUGUGUGCUCCUAUGACAUGAAGUAUGAUGACGCAUCUCUUCCGACCUGCGAAAUGUUGACUGAAACAAAAUGCCCAAACAAGCUUGAGGGCGCCAAGUGCAAAUCCAGCACGUGGAACGCGAACAUCCGAUUCAAUGACACUGGGUCAGGCAUCAAAAUGAUAGAUCCUCCUAGUGACAUGAGCACCAACGUUGGCGAGAAGACGUUGACCAAGAGCUUUUCAGGAGACUGCUGUAACACAAGUCUAAGCAUCAGCAUCACAGACAUAGCAGGGAACACACGUGUGUGCUCCUAUGACAUGAAGUAUGAUGACGCAUCUCUUCCGACCUGCGAAAUGUUGACCGAAACAAAAUGCCCAAACAAGCUUGAGGGCGCCAAGUGCAAAUCCAGCACGUGGACCGCGAACAUCCGAUUCAAUGACACUGGGUCAGGCAUCAAAAUGAUAGAUCCUUCAAGUGACAUGAGCACCAACGUUGGCGAGAAGACGUUGACCAAGAGCUUUUCAGGAGACUGCUGUAACACAAGUCUAAGCAUCAGCAUCACAGACAUAGCAGGGAACACACGUGUGUGCUCCUAUGACAUGAAGUAUGAUGACGCGUCUCUUCCGACCUGUGAAACAUUGACCGAAACAAAAUGCUCAAACAAGCUUGCAGAUGCCAAGUGCAAAUCCAGCAAGUGGAAUGUGACCAUCCGGUUCGAUGACACUGGGUCUGGAAUCAAGAUGAUAAAUCCACCUGGUGACAUGAGCAACAACGUUGGCGAGAAGACAUUGACCAAGAGCUAUUCUGGAGACUGCUGCAACACGGUGUUUAGCGUUGACGUCACAGAUAUGGCUGGGAACUUGCGUGUGUGCUCCUACGACAUGAAGGAAUCUAAGACAUCGGCAGGGUUUACUGUUUUCCAUAUUGGCAUCUGGGAAAUGGUCAUAUUGGCAUUUGGCCUGGCCCUAAGUGGGAUCACUAUUGUGAUGUGAUUUCAAAUGCUUUGACAUGUGUAAUGCAGGCAAGAAAUUAGUUUUAUUGUGGGAGAAAAUACUGUUGUUCUCUUCAUGUUUUGUGCUAUUAAUUUUGCCAACACAAGACCUGGAAAUAUAUUCACACUAACUCAGCCAAGUAUGGUGUGAGUGAUAAAUAAAACAAGGGGGAGUAACGUCUCCCCACGCUUAAAUACUGGUCGUGGGGUAAUUGUAUGGGCUUGCUUUAAAAUAUAUAUUUUUAAAUUAUACUCUGCACUCCUUUCAUAUUUCUGGUAUAUAUAAUGAAUAUGGAUAGACGUGUUAAUGUAGAUAUGAUCAGCUGGCUAUCUCAGGAGACUCGUGCCUAUGAACCUGUAAACAGUUCAUGAAAAUCAUGCUGCACUAUUAUAAGUGGUGGUUUACAUGUUGCUUUUAGAGGUGAUUGUGUUAUUAUGUGGUCCCAUAGUUGGUUUGUUCAAUUAUCUAAAUUAAUUUUAUGAUUUGUAAAUGUUACCUAUUACGUUUUGGUGUCGGGAUUUACAUUCGGUUGUAAAAUAUUUCUAAUAAAAGGUAAAGGGGGGUGGGGGCAGCUCAUUGCAAUGCGAGGGAGGCAUAUUUCAUGAGCCAGGAAGAUCCAAUAAACAUUUUAAGGGAC